AUGAAUAAAGCUGAUAUCCAAGAUGCUUUUAAAUUGCUUCCGAUUAAACCAUCUCUAUGGCCUUUCUACGGCAUUAAAUGGAAUAACUAUUAUUAUUUCUUUGUACGCUUACCAUUUGGUUCUCGUAGUUCACCUAAAUUAUUUGACAUGUUAAGUGAAGCUAUUGUUUGCAUUGCUGAACAUAAUUAUGGUAUUAAAAACAUAUUGUAUUUGUUGGAUGACUUUUUUGUAGUAGACAGUCCUGAUGAUGGUGAAGCACGAACAUGUGCUAUGAUUAGUUUUAUUUUCAAUCGGCUUAAAAUUCCUUUAUCAGUAAAUAAAACGGUCGGUCCCGUUCAAGAAAUUGAAUAUUUAGGCAUUGUUCUUGAUUUAAAUCGAAUGGAGGCGAGGUUACCUCAAGAAAAAGUAUUACGUGUCAUGGAAAUGAUUAGAUCUUUACUUAAUCGACGUAAAUGUAAAAACCGUGAAUUACUAGUUAUCUUAGGUCACAUGUCAUUUGCAUCCAGGGUUAUUAUUCCAGGCAGAACAUUUGUUCAUUAUUUAUUCAACUUAACCACUUAUGUUCGAUCUCUAGAAUCACAUAUUACCAUUAAUCGACAAGCCCAGCUCGAAUUAAGAAUGUGGGAUCGACAUUUGAGUGAAUGGAAUGAAACCUUUUUCUUUCUUGAUCCUAAUAUUUCCACCAAUACUGAUUUGGCUUUCUCAACGGAUGCUAGUACAACUAUAGGAUGUGGUGCUGUUUUUGGGAAUGAGUGGUUUGCUCAUCGGUGGUCUGAGAAAAUGCUUAAUCUUCCAGAAAACGAAAAAUCAGCAGCAUUUUUCGAGAUCAUUCCUAUCGUUGUUGCCGCAGUUUUGUGGGGUUCUCAAUGGAAGAGGAAGCGAAUUUGUCUUUUAUGUGAUAAUCAGGCCACAGUUAACAUAAUUAAUAAAGGUCGAUCGAAAAGUUCUCUUAUUAUGGCGUUUACUCGUAGAUUAACUUUACUUGCCAUUCAACAUCGAUUUUUAUUACGAGCUGUUUAUAUUUCUACAUAUGACAAUAAUUUAGCAGAUGCUCUCCCUCGUUUACAGACAAAUCGCUUUCGUCAACUAUUACCAACUGCUGAUCGAUGCCCGAAAAACGUUCCUUCAAUGAAAGACUUAACCUUUCCAUCGAUCGAAUCGAUAGUAUUGUAG